CCUGGACGCAGAGAGCACAAGAUAGAGAGGCAGAAAAAUGGCCCUCGAUAAUUUAAUUUUCGCCCAGUGCAUUCUUUAUUUUUUAGCCUUCGUAUUCGGUUUCAUUGCAGUGGUGCCUCUAUCCGAAAACACGGAGGAUUUCGGUGGGAAAUGCCUGCUCUUCACGCGGGGUAUGUGGCAAAAUGAGAACAUCACUGUGUCGAAGCAGCGCUUCAUCGUGGAGGAGUGGGGACCCGAGUCCUCCUGCAGCUUCAUCACUUUUGUUGGGAUAGCGUCUCUUAUUCUGUCCGCAGUGCAGGCAUGGAGGCUGCUGUUCUUCCUGUGCAAAGGACACGAUGACUCCAUAUUCAACGCCUUCCUCAACCUGCUGAUCAGCUCCCUGGUGGUGUUCACGGUCUUCCUGUCCAGCACAAUUGUUAGUGUGGGUUUCAACCUGUGGUGUGACGCGAUCACUGAGGGUGGGACCAUGCCCAGCAGUUGUGAGGACCUGCAGGACACUGAUCUAGAGCUUGGCUUGGACAACUCUGCUUUUUAUGACCAAUUUGCUAUAGCUCAGUUCGGCCUGUGGGCUGCCUGGCUCACCUGGCUUGGGAUCGCAGUGAUGGCCUUCCUGAAGGUCUACCACAACUACAGACAAGAGGACCUGCUGGACAGCCUGAUCCACGAGAAGGACCUGCUUCUCGGCCGCUCCUCUCGCCACAGCUCUGACCUCAAGACCGGCCUGAUCUAGAAAAAUCUAGACGAUGCACAAACACACACAUUCACACUCAACCGUACCGUCCUCUCACCUGCCAUGAGAAACACCAAUGUUUGCCUCUGUAGACAAUCAAAAUCAAUUGGCUUUUGCUCCCAUUGACCACGGAUUGAAUCAACCCGCAGGUUUUAGCUUUGUUCUCCUGAGAUGAUUGAUUUCCCCUCAAAAAAACCCUUCCAAUGGUUGCUAAUCCUUGAAGAGUCCUGCUUUGUCAAGUUUAUUCAUCCACUGUGUGCGUUCCUCUUCAAGACAAACAACCAUAACUAAGCUUUGAUAGCUUUGAUUAAAACCAUUCAGUGAAAAUGUACACCCAGUUUUUCUCCACUCGUGAAUUUCUAUUUAGCAACACAGUAUUAAUGGACAGAUUGGCAGAUGGAUCAUGUUGUCUUUGUGAAACUUCUGCAUGGACCUAAUGCAUGACAAAUUAAUAGGGUGGUUUUUAGAUGUAAAGGGAUGUUCUUUUGUUUUAUACACCAAUAAAUGUAUUCCUAUAGGCUUUUUUUCUGGUAGGCUGUGCACUGCCUCUCGGUGAAGUGAGAAUUCUUUGCAUGCUGCAGCAAAGUAAAAUGAUGUGUGCUUUUGCAGUGUAUUCAUACAGUUUCAUAAAGGUGUUUUAUAAAAACAACAAAGUAUAUCAUGUAUCAGGCAGCCGGUCCAAAAAUGCUUUAAGCAAUUUGUGUGAGAUUUAAAAAAAAACAAACAAACAGAUCUUAUCUUGUGCCAUAUAGUAACUCAGGCUUCUCCCUCACACUUUAAAGGCUACAAACCAAUAUACUGCAUUACUGUGAAUAGACGCACAACUGUACCUGCAUGCAUCUCUCUCCCUGCUCCAUUCACGUCGCAUACCCGCUUAUUGUCAGACAUUACAGGAAGAAAGCAAGUCAUCUGCUUGACUUUGAUAGGCAAUGACAGUUUUAUUCAAAACAAUUGAAAUCAUAAAACAGUAGGAACUAAGAAAACCCUCCAUAAAGGCACUUCUUUCAAAGUGACCAUAAAUGUUUGGACAGCCGUGAAAUGCAGCUGUUAAGCUAAAUGUGCACAUACAGGACAUGAGUUCACUGGGUAUUGUUUUAUUGCUAAUGACAAUUUAGUUUGACAGUACAGAGUUGAGAGUGUUUCUUUCCUCUAUGCAGGCGUUAUUAACCUCAUAUUGCUUUGACAUUCAAAUGUGAGAUCUCCAAAAUCCAACGCUUCUCCUUUGAGUUCCCUGAAACCUGUUAUAUAAAGGACAAUGUUUUACUGGAAACAAUGUGAUGUGUGUUAUUGCUCAUAAUGAGAGGUCUGUGGGAUGUGCAUCACUGUGCCCUUUGAUCCCUAUGAUCCAUUUGUGUGGUGGUUUGGUUGUUUGAAUUUGAAUUGCUUUAUUUGAUAAAGAGACUCUACAAUAACAGA